CUGUUUGAAAUUUUGUUUAUUUUUCUUCUUUUUUUAAAAAAACCCAUGGGCAAGAAAAAAAUACAAAUAAAAGUCACCCGUUUAGAGGAAAGAGAAAUUGAUUUCGAUCUAAUCAAUUCGGAAUUUCCAUUUGCCAAUGCAAUACGUAGGAUAUUGUUAGCCGAAGUACCAACAAUGGCUAUUGAAAAAGUUCAUCUUUAUCGUAAUACAUCGGAAUUACCGGAUUUUGCUCUCUGUCACCGGUUAGGAUUGAUACCGAUCAAAGCAAAUAAUAAGGAAUUUGAAAUGAGAAAUUCAGAUGAAGAAACCGAUAGAAAUACAAUUUAUUUAUCCAUAGAUGUUCAAUGUCCAGUUGAAUAUGGUGAAAAUCUUCAUGUACAUAGUGAUUCAAUACAAUGGCAACCUAUUGGUGAUCAAGCCGAAAGAUUCAAAACCGAUCCAAUACGGCCAGUAGAUCUGGAUAUUUUACUGAUGAAAUUGGCACCAAGUCAACGAAUCGAUGCAAAACUUGAAUGCCAUAAAGGUAUUGGAAAAGAACAUGCAAAAUAUUGUCCAGUUGCUGCUUGUUUCUAUCGAUUUGUAACCGAAUUUUAUUUCGAUCAAUCAAAACAACUUGAUAAAAAUGAAUUAGAAACAUUACGAACAUUUUUUCCACCUGGUUAUCUGGAUUUUGAUCAAAUUGAUGAAACGAAUGGAUUUCCUCGUAUCCGUAAUAAUCGUUUUAAUCGUAGUGAUUUUACAAUGCAAUCAUGGAAUCAAUCAUUACGUGAAAAAAUUAUAUUCGAAACAAAAAAUAAUACGCUUGCAUUCACCAUUGAAUCAAUUGGUAUAAUCGAACCAUCCGAAUUGGUCAUUCAAUCAAUCGAUAUAUUAAAAUCAAAAUGUAUAAAAUUUAUUAAAUGUAUCAAACAAAAUAUGUGAUAAAUGAAUAAA